AUGACAAUAUUAAAAACGUCUUUAAGUUGCUUAAUUCUUGAAAUAUGGUCAGCAGGGGAUACACUGGCCCCCGGUGCGGGGGCGGCGGGUAGCGGCGGCGACGAUGGCAUUGUGGGCGGUCCGCGAACGCCACAACAAAUCGCCGCCCAACGACGACUUCAACAAACACAGGCGCAAGUCGAUGAAGUCGUGGAUAUCAUGAAAACGAAUGUAGAAAAAGUAUUGGAAAGAGAUCAGAAACUAUCAGAAUUAGAUGAUAGAGCAGUGAAAUUCAUGCCUGACAAACCACCAACAGCCCCUGCCCCAAAUAUUCAAUACAUCCCGGCCAAUCAGCCAAUGCCUUCUGGAGGAUCGGGAGGAGUACAAGAUGCAGCAGGUACCGCCCAGAAGACCGGCUAA